CCAACGUAGCUUCCACUUUCAGACGACUGCACUAUGUUUAGUCAGCUUUUCUAACAAAAUGAGUUCGGCUCGUGGUUUGCUGUAGAAUAUUAUGGUUUUCGCAUUGUCUGACCGGUUCAUGAAGGCAACACUAGAUAAACGACUGGAACGCUUUUGCUGGCUGGAAUAUCCGGAUAAAGUCACAGGAAAGAAGCUCCUCAUGAAUGGAUAUAUUGAUCUACGCUUACCGUAAUUGUAAUCUUGUGUUUUGUUGUCGUAAAUGUUCAGUCUUUUAAAGCGAAAGCUAACACUUCAUGUUAUGACAGCUCAGCUUCCAGGCUAGCAGCUAACGCUAGCUUACACGGACAUCACUGAUAGGAGGAAGCUCACUUUUCUCCGGGCAUGCAUGCAGCCGGGCUUCUAACUGCACUUUGUACAUCCUCAACCCUUCAAACAAUGUGCUAGUUGGAGGCUCUUCCUCUGCCUAGGCGCUGCUUCUUCCCCCCAACCCCAUCAACCUCGGAGUUCCCUAUGUUAACCCUCUUGAGCAUGUUUUACUAUAUAUGUCUGCGGCGGCGCUCAAGGAGCGGGACUCGAGGGGAGGCUCUGACCAGUCGGCGCGCCGUGGAGUCUGGUCAGCGGGCCGUGCUGCCAGUCAGUGUGGAGGUGAAGCAGUACGCCAAGGAGGUCCUGGAUUUCAGUUCCCACUAUGGCAGUGAGAACAGCAUGUCGUACACCAUGUGGAACUUGGCAGGGGUGCCCAACGUUUACCCCAGUUCAGGGGACUUUACUCAGACAGCUGUAUUCAGAGCCUACGGAACGUGGUGGGAACAGUGCGCCAGUGCUCCGCUACCUUUUCGCCGCACCCCAAAUGACUUCUACAGCCAGGAUUAYAUUGAGCUGGGCUUCGAAGAGCCGGUCUACCCCACAGCAGUGGAGGUGUUUGAGACCUACUACCCUGGAGCCAUUGUACAGAUCCUGGCCUGCUCUCACAAUCCACUCUCGCAGAAUCCGCCCACUGAUGUCAGGUGGGAAGUGUUGUGGUCAGGUGAGCCCAACAAAGCACCAACUCCCCAGGCUCGACAGUUUUCCCCAAAAAUCAAGCAUAUCAACUUCCCAACCAAUCUGCUGCGCCUGGAGGUCAACAGCUCAUUUCUGGACUACUACACUGAGCUGGAUGCUGUCAUCCUGCGGGGUGUGAAGGAAAGACCCAUGCUGGCUCUUUAUAAAAUGCCCCUCAUUGACAUAAGUGACCUGAGUGACAGUGAGGAGGAGCUGUCUGACAUCGGAGCUCCUUUCAAGCAAGGAGGAGACGGCAAGCAUCAGAAAACAGGCAAUGGCUACUUUGACAAACUGCCAUAUGAGCUCAUCCAGUUGAUACUGAGCCACCUGACCCUGCCAGACCUCUGCCGUCUGGCCCAGACCUGCAAGCUGCUGCACCAGCACUGCUGCGACCCGCUGCAGUACACCCAGCUGAGUCUGCAGCCCUACUGGGCCCGGCUGAGUGACGCCUCCCUGGGACACCUGCAGAGCCGCUGCACCCUCCUCCAGAGGCUCAACCUGUCCUGGGCCGGCAACCGUGGAGCGCUCACACUGACGGGCUUCAGCAGCUUUAUGAACGCCUGUGGUCUCAGUCUGGUCUGCCUGGAAAUGUCCUGCUGUCACUUCCUGAAUGAAGCCUGUGUAGAGGUCAUCUCCCAGACUUGUCCCUCGCUGCAGGAGCUCAAUCUGUCRUCCUGCGACCGCCUCCACCCACAGGCUUUCACCCACAUCUCCAAACUUACACACCUCCGCAGGCUCGUGCUUUACAGGACUAAGAUAGAGCAAACAGCCAUCCUGAGCAUCCUGACUUUCUGCACAGAGUUGAGACACCUCAACCUGGGGAGCUGUGUGAGGAUUGAGGAUUAUGAUGUUGUAGCCAGUAUGCUGGCCGCUCGCUGUCGCUCCCUCUGCUCUCUGGACCUGUGGCGCUGCAGAAACCUGACAGAUCGAGGCCUGACUGAGCUUGUUUCUGGCUGCAGGUUGUUGGAGGAGCUGGACUUGGGUUGGUGCCCCACGCUUCAGAGCAGCACUGGUUGUUUCCAGCAGCUCGCCCGCAGCCUGCCACGGCUUCGAAAGCUUUUCCUCACGGCCAACCGCACCAUCUGUGACUCAGACGUCGAGGAGCUGGCUGCCUGCUGCCCCUCGCUGCAGCAUCUCGACAUACUCGGUACGCGGCUGGUGAGCCUCGCCUCGCUCAAGAAACUCCUCCAGUCGUGUCCUCGGCUCGUCCUCCUGGAUGUGUCCUUCUGCUCACAGUUAGACACGCGGGUCGUCCAAGAACUGUCCGGCCUCUUCCCCAAAGUGGCCAUCAAGAAAAGUUUCACUCAGUGACCCCCACCAUCCUUUCACUGUUCUCCACCCUGAGGUAUCCUGUUGAGAGGGAGGCUGGCCGCCACAUCCGGCUCUGUAACGAGUCAGGGGCAGGUCACAUGCUGCAGGAGAUUGUUUACCUGCCUUUGCUCGCAUCACAAAUGAGAUCCUCUCUGAGCUGUCGGUAAACAAUGCGCAGGGACUGUGAGGUGAGGGUUUUCAGAUUGUUUUACAGGCUGAACACAAACGACUAAAGAUUCCUAGUCUCCACAGUGUUCAGCACAGAUUUUGUUGUUAUCUAGUGGUGACGUAAAGUCAGGGACAUUCCUGUAAAGCUGCUGUACAGGAUUUUUUGAAUAUUAAACAUCAUUUACAGUUUUUAUUGCCAAACAACACAUGACAAAAAUCUUUGCCUUCAUUAAAGAUGCACCACACAAACAAAGCAACAUCUGGGUGUGAUCCUGUGGUAAAAGAACACGAAAGAACAUCACAAGUGUGAAACGUACCUUUUCCUGUUGUAGGUGCAUUAGGGCCUUUCUUAGUGCCUUGUUAAAACAUGGAACAGGUUAUUUCUUUUCACAGGCUUUAAAAACAUUCCACUCUUAUUGUUUAGAGAGUAUUACAAAAUUAAUGGAACACUAAAAAAAACAUUGCUAGUUUUAACACAGUCAUGCAUCUUUAGGGGUCAUACGUCCUUAAGGAAAUUUUUUACAUUUAUUCAAGCACCAACUUGAGAUAAAACACAAUAGACAAAUGUCAUUUUUCACUUGACACUAUUUUUUGAAAAUUAAAUUAUAUAUUUUGCGUUUUUAUGUCUUUGUUAACACGAGGAGAUAGUAGAUAAUAAGGGAUGGAGAGAACCCUGUUGUAAGCUCAUACACUUCUAAGAGCUGAUUAUAUCACACAUCAAACUGAUAGAAAGACACUUUGUGUCAGUUUUUUUUUUUUUAUAAUACUGUCUUGUCUGCAGUUAAUUGGCCCCAAAACGGAAGUCAUGAUUCCCACAUUCAGGAACCAUCUCAUGUAAGUUAUACUGAACUGGCCUGGAAAGUUCUUGAAAUACUUAUAAUCAAAAUAAGUUGUAAAGAAUAUGAAGUUUUUUUAUUUUUAUUUUUUAAAUUUUGAGAAAUAAGAGUGGUUUAUUUUUAAACUCUGAGAGUACAGAUGAGUGUCAUUCUGAUGACAUGUGUCAGCAUCCAGUCUGUUUGGUUAGAAUUAAAAGAUCAGAGGUGCUCCUUUUGUCCCCAAAGACAUUUUAGGUUUAAAAGGUGAAAUCAAAGGGAGGCACUUCUAUACAGCUUUAGCUUUAAUGCGAACAUGCUCAUUUGUGGUGUAACAAGCUGCAGACUCAAACACAAGGAUGUCAUGUAAAAAAAGAAAAGAAAAAGAUAUGCACUGAUAGUAUGAAACUAUUUAUAUUGUAAAAGGUGAAGAAAAAACAUUUGUUUUUAGUUUUAAAUGUGUUGUAAAUGUAAAACUAAAGGCAGUGUCUUCCUGGACCAUAAAUCCUGGUGACUAGUUGGCAAACAGCCUUCACAAGGGGUCCCAAUUUUCUCCCUUGAGUUGCAGAUGCAGUUUAUGUUGAAAACUCAAGCAAAAUGUUAAAAAAAGGUGACAAAUUGACUUAUAAUAGUUGAGUCGAUGUAGGCGUUUCAAGAGGGAAAGAGCUGUAUUUUGACAAAGAAAACAUGUCCAAAUUUAAUAACCUGGCAGAUGGUAAAUAUUUAUUAUUAAAAAAAUACAAUUCAAAAUAUCCAAAUCUGCAUAUUUUUAUUUUAAAGUGUGCUCCAGUAGAUAAAAAUGGGAGUCAGGUAUAUAGACGUCAAUGAAAACAUUGACCUASAGUUUUGCAAGUUCUGCACACAUAAAAAAAAGUCAUGAUUUUUAAAUUUUGGACACCCAAAAUGUUUCCACACGGGCUCCAGACGCUUUGUCACAAACACCGAGUUCAGUGAAACUGCAAAGAAAAAUUUGUCUUUUUUCUURGUGUAUCAAGUUUGAGUCUCCGACACUCACAGCCCAGUGAGACGCUACCUGAAGCAUCUAGUAGCAUUAAUUUAGAACAAUUUAGAUUAGAAAAACAAAAAAGAAACAAGUUUCCAUAAGCCAAAUAUGCUACUGUAACAGAAAAAAAACUGAUCUUAUGGAUCAUUUCUGCUUUAAAUAUUUUAUUAAUCCAGUAUGUUGGUGUUUAUGUUGCAGUUGAGUGUCUCCACAUUUCAAAUACUUUAGGCAAAUAAGAUAAUUUGGUUUAAUUAAUUAUACUUGUGUUGAAGAGUUUUGUUGGAUUAAUGUAGGUGGAGAAGCUCAUCAGGUCCAGGUUUGUCUCAGAAUUGUUUUAAGUUCAUGAGAGUUUUGUUUGAUCAGAAGCUUCAACAUCGACCAGGCCACAGUUCAUGGUGGAAAACAGAAAUGAUCUGUUUAGAUUGGAUGAUUUAGUUUAUUACCUGUUUUCUGUCGAAGUGAGAGAAUUGUGUUGUCCUUUAAGAAAAGAACCCAGAGGUAAUAAUAUUUUUUUGGUCCUGUGAUACAUUUCCUUUWGUUCCCACUAGAAUAAAGCAGAAGGAGGAGCUCUGGAGCACUAAGAGUGUCUAAAUGUAAACGGAGAAUGGUCUGUUAAAACAAGACAGUGUUAAAACAUCAUUAUGAUUCUCCAACUCAGGGGUUAUUAACACUGUUACAUGUAUCAACAUCAUUAUAGGUAAUAUUAUUAUGUUUUAAUUAUUGUAGAACAAAUGCUUGACUCCAGUAAUGAGCAACAACUGUGGUUUUUAUUAAAACUUACACCAGACUCAGAUUUCUCUUGAAUACAAUCAGUUAUACUAAUACAACUUAAAAUUAAAGAUCUUUGUAGGUUUUGAAUGCUGCAGUAAUUGUAUAUAGCAGUUUCUGAUUAUUUAUUUCUGCUACAUGAGGCCACAGUGUCAUUGUGGCAGAAUAAUUUGAAAAGGUUUUUGAUUUUUGCAAGAAAACUUUUUUUCCCCUCUAGUAAAUAUUUGUGCCUUAUACUCUUGUUUGAAUGUGCUGUGAUGUCCAAGCAGUGUAGACUGUAGUGAAGCGCUUUGCUUUUAAGGUUCUUUAACCAAAGGAAUUCACAGUAAUUUGCCAUAUAUUGUAUAUCAGCCAUGUGAAUUAUUAUGCAAACUAUUUAUUUUCACCUCCCUGUGAAUUGUGACUGUGGCUGCAGAAAUGGUAAUGUUCAGUCCUGUUUUGCUUUGUUUCCCCUGUAAUGAUGCUGAGCUGUUUGAGGUCCUUUGUAUAUUUGGUUUAAAGGUGUUACGCAACAUAUGCAGCUGAAGUUGAGGAGCUUUUUUAAAUCUACUGUACCUUUUAAAAUGUAGGUGAGCAACAGCAAUUACAGAUUUCCUGCUUCCAGUUAUUGAUUUUCCUAUUUUAUUACAAGUUUGAUUAAAAACUUUUAAAAUAUUGAA